CAAAUGCCAGUGUCUCAGAGAGGAACAUCAACAACAUGUCCCCGCCGGUAUGAUGGAUGUAGGGAGACACACCUGCACUGAGCGGAGGUCAGUGAUGACAUCACCUGGAUAUUGUCUGACACUUCCCAGUUCCUAACCACAUUACCAUGGCAACAGGAAGAAAAGGCUCCACCUCCAAAGGUGGGGUGCAUUUCCCUGACGACAACGAGCCCCCUGGCUCUCCCACGCGGAGAGAUGAUCAGUCCAACCUCUCUACUCUCAUUGCUAUCCCAGAAAAGGACGGCAGCUACUUGGUCAAGGCUGGUUUCCUGAAGAGCCACCACUGUUAUGAGAUUGUGUUCAGUGUUCCAGAUGUACCCACAGUGGGUAAAGACCUCUCCUGUCUUCCUUCCUCUUCUCCGACUCGGAGGCCCCCCAGCCUCCGGGUCCACCGUAUUAACUCCACACUGGAGGGAGUAAAGGUCACAUGUGAGUACAGGACUCACCAGGAGGGAGUUCUGCAGGAGGAGAUCACGCUGGCGACCAGAGGGAGGAGGGACAGCAGUCUGAAGAUCAGACUCCAGGCCAGAGUCAUUGAUCCACAUCAUGGAACUCCUAUGCUGCUGGAGGGGGUGAGGUGCCUGAGCACUCAGAGAGACGGCCACACAAAGCACAGCAGCAGUGAUCGUAAGAGGAUAUGA